AGUUUAGUUUAAAUUUGUAACCAGCUGUAUUCGCUUCAGUGAUUCAACAUGAAGAUUCUGAUGUCGUUCGUAGUACUCGUUGUCUCCAUCAGCAGCUGUUUUGCGCUCAAAAAUGAGCUUUGCGGUCUGCCACAUUCUGCAGAUGGUGCUGGGGGCAUAUCCUGUGAAGCCUACUUUCCAAGCUGGAGCUAUGAUGCGGCAGCUAAAGAAUGUGUGAGAUUCAUCUAUGGCGGCUGCGGCGGUAAUGACAAUCGUUUCGACACCAAAGAACUUUGUGAGGAAAAGUGCUUGGAAUAAAUGACAGAAAUCUAUUGAAGAAUAUAAUUUCUGAAUU